AUGAGGCAGAUCAGUGCCGGGGUGCUGUUGGCACUCUGUGGCAUUGUGUCGUCGCAAAGUCUGGUUUGCUCGCCAGAUGGCGCAGGUUCCUUGUAUGACUUUUCAGCCCCUCUGUUGGAUGGGUCUGGAACUGUUCAAUUCUCUGACUAUGAUGGAAAGCAAGAGCCUGGGGCGAAUGCCACGGAAAUCUACAAUGCUCUUGAGUUCGUGAGGCCUGGGAAUGGAUUCGUCCCGAAUUUCCAGCUCUUCAAGAAAAUAGAAGUGAAUGGUGCAAAUGAAAUACCUUUGUACACGUUCCUGAAG